CCUAAAGCCUAAAGAAGAAAAGAAAGAGAUUAUCAUUCCAUUAAUCAAGACAAAUAACUGGAAAACUGAACAUGCCAAAAAAGCAAAGACUGAUAAGCCCCCUACACUUUCAGAUGGAAAUGGAGUGGAUGCAGAGGCAAUCAAGGAAAUUAUGCAAGAUACAGCUAAACAGCUAGACACCUGGCAGACUCGAGGCGUUGUUGAUCCAAAUAUUGAGAUUCCAUUGUUAAUGCAGAAUCAGGUGCCAGAAGGGUUUGAAACUGAUGAACACCUUGAUGUUUCAUUGAGACCUGAUGGGCCAGAAGACACUGAUUAUGAUGAAGUACCUAUAGAAGCGUUUGGUAUGGCAAUGUUGAAGGGAAUGGGCUGGAAACCUGGCACAGGUAUUGGGAAAAAUAACAAAGAUGUUGCCCCAGUGGAUGCUGUUCUCCGUCCUAAAGGAAUGGGCCUUGGUGCUGAUAGAAAGCAGGCUCAGACUUUAAAUAGUACUAAACAGGGAGGUAACUCAAAGAAAAAUGAGGAUUCAGGGGAGCUUACUAUGAAGAAAGGUGCUCAUUGUUUGAUACAAAAUGGACCACAUAAAGAUCUUUAUGCAGUUAUAGAAGGACUAGACGAGGACAAUGCCAGGUUAAUGUUGAAGUUAACAGUUAGUGGUAAACUUGUUACUGUUAGUCAAUACAAUACAAAACUUGUUACCCAGGAAGAAUACAACAAAUACUCCAAAUAUAUCAACAAAGGUGCAGCAGAUAGGUAUAAAGAAAAAGAACAAAUUAGAAAGGAAAAGAAAUACAGAGACUCGGAUAGAGAGACUGAAUCACACAGAGAAAACAAACACAGAAAGGAAGAAGACCGGUUAUCAGCAGAUGAUGAUGUAUAUAAAGGUCAGCAUGAUAGAAAGAAGGAUAAAAAUAGAGAUAAAGACAGAUCAAACAAGAAAAGAAAACAUGAUGAUCUCAGAUCACAUGAUAAAUAUACCUCAUCUUCUUCAUAUACAAAUGGAGGCAGUAAAUCUCAAUCUUCUAUCUGGGUUCGUCCAAAGUUGCGGGUACGACUUGUUGAUGAACAAUACAAGAAAGGAAAAUAUUAUAAUAACAAGGUUGUAAUAGUUGAUGUAUCGGACAGGGAUCAUUGUAUGUGUAAAACAGAUGAUGGGAAAAUUUUAGAAGAUGUAUCACAGUCUAUGUUAGAAACUAUGGUGCCAAAAUCUGAUUCCUCUUACAUAUCUAUUGUGUCAGGAAAACACAAAGGACAGCUUGGGCAUGUGUUAGAAAGGGACAAGAAAAAAUGUCAAGCUUUAGUACAGUUAUUGAGUGACCGGGACAAAGUUUUACAACUGGACUAUGAUUGUAUAUGUGAAUAUGUUGGUGACAUAGAUGAGGAGUUUGACUUUUAAAACAUUAUAUUGAUUAUAUAAGUGCUUCUGUUUGAAAUGCAAUGAAACAACAUUAAAAAUAAAAUGAUGAUCAAUUAUUCUUUAUCUUCAAUACAUUGUAUUUCUUUAUGAAAAGUGACCAGUAUACCAAAAUAUAAUAGAUGUACAAUAUUUAUUCUACAUCUAAUAAAAGAUCAUUGUGUUCACUAUAUGAUAUGUCAACAUGUAACAAAAUUUGCAUGUACAGUUGUAUUUUCUUUACAAAUAUCUUUUCAAACAUAGAAACAAGAAAAAAAUACUGGUAUGAAAUUUC